GCACGUCGGCUUUUAACACCGCGCAGACACGAAGACUGCACCCAGUCCUUAUAUUGACAUCAGUACGCAAAGCGGAUUUUUGGAUUUGUACCUCAGAUUUAGAAUUAAUUUUCACGUUGUUGCAUUGUUAUUGAUUUCAAAGCUCAGUGCGCUCCGGCUCCUCUAUGGGAACUCAUGAGCAGGACUUGUGACAGUUUAUUUUCUCCUUAAAUGACUUUAUUCUCGCAAUGGUCUCAGUUGUCUUCGCAGAACCUGUGCAGACGCGCUGUCUCCUGUCUGCAGGCGCGUCUUUGUCAUUUUAAUGUCGCCGCAAUUAUUGCGCGUCUGGUUGAUAAUCGCUCCGCAGUUCAGAGCAAACUACCAAACCGAGGAGUCUCUGCUAUGGUUGCAAAUCAGACACUGAUUGUGGACUUCUGAUAUCUACAUUGUUUUAUCGGAAUAUUUUUAUUUCUCCAAACUUUUGGGUCCUUUCUUCCUGGAGCCAACCGAUGAUGUCGCCCCGCUGCUUGAACCCUUCCUCCUGGUCCACCUGUAGGUUUCUCCUUUGCUUUUUGUGGCUGCUACAAACGCCCCGCUCUUCCUCUCCGCUAAUUACAGGCACUGAAGCCAGCUGCGAGAAUGAAGGAGAGGUCCUGCACAUCCCCAACAUCACCGACAACCCCUGCAUCACCUGUGUUUGCCUGGACGGGAAAGCGGACUGUAAACAAGAGAAAUGUCCUCUGGUCUCUGAAGACUGUGCCCUGGUGGUGAAGCAGACCGGCGCCUGCUGUGAGAAGUGUAAAGGCUGUAUGUUAGACGGACGGUCCUAUAACAGCUCGGUAUCCUGGACAACCUCCACCAAACCCUGCAUAACAAGACGCUGUCAGGAAGGUGUGAUCACAGAGGCGGAGGUACAGUGUGUCAUUCACUGCAAGAACCCAAAGUUCCACCCAAAAAAGUGCUGUCCAACCUGCCCCAGUUGCAUCUUUGAGGGUCACCUUUAUAAAGAGAAAGAAGAGUUCAGCCCUGAAGGCAAACCCUGCAUCAAGUGCACGUGCACUGGAGGGCGGACUCUCUGCAUGAGGGAGGUGUGUCCUGUGCUUUCAUGCCCUGCUCACCUGAGCCACACCCUUCCUGGACAGUGCUGUCCCAGGUGUAUAGGUCAGAGGAAGGUGUUUGAUCUCUCUUUAGGAAGUUGUCUUUUCCACAGUGAUGUCUAUGAGAAUGGUACUUCCUUUAUGCUCAACAACUGUACCAUCUGCACAUGCAAGGAUUCAACAGUGGUGUGCAAAAAGCUGUGCUCACGUCCAGGCAGCUGCCAGGACAGUCAGUGCUGUGAUGAGUGUCUGUCUUAUGUGAAGGUGGAGGAGGUGAAGUACUGCAGAGUGCGGAACAAAAUCUACAGGGAGGGAGACAUGUGGUCGUCAGUGAACUGCACUCUUUGUGCUUGUGUUAAAGGCACCGUCGAGUGUCGGCCCAAACAGUGCGUGCCGAUCACCAGCUGUCCCUCGAACAAGAUCCUGAACAGAACUGGCUGCUGUCCAGUUUGCACUGAAAAACCUGGGGUGUGCACAGUCUUUGGUGACCCUCACUACAACACCUUUGAUGGCAGGACCUUUAACUUUCAGGGAACUUGUCAAUAUGUGCUGACACGUGAAUGUAGUGGGAUCCAAUCUGGAAUGCCAGGAAACAGCAUCAACAACCCAGACUCCAGCUUCACGGUGUUGGUGAAGAACGAUGCUCGGCGAACCCGCUCUUUCUCCUGGACUCAGUUUGUUGAAAUUCAUCUUGGUUCUUUGAGUCUCAGCCUUCAUCAGCAUCUCACGGUUCGAAGGAAUGGUACUCGCAUUGCACUACCGUACCACGGCCCUGGGGUCCACAUUGACUUGGAUGGAUACCUGCUCAAACUCACCACCAUCGCAGGUCUGGAAAUCACGUGGGAUGGCGACAGUUUUGUAGAAGUUGUUGCUGCUCCGCACCUGCGUGGUCGCCUCUGUGGGCUCUGUGGAAACUACAAUGGUCAAAAGCGCGAUGACACCAUUGGGGGAGACGGCCUGUUAAAGUUCGACGUGGACGAGUUUGCAGAGUCGUGGCGAGUCGAUGGAAAUGAUGUUUGCUCCCAGCGCCAUCCACCUCACAGGUUGACGUCUCAACUGUGCCCUGGCACUGUCAAAGUCAAGCUUCGGGCCCACAGAGAAUGCCAGAAGAUUAAGUCGUGGGAGUUUCAGAAGUGCCACCGUGUGGUAGAUUUCGGCUCUUUCUACAGGUCAUGUGUGACAGAUAUGUGCGAGUGUCCAGUCCAUAAGAACUGCUACUGUGAGUCUUUCAUUGCCUACAGCCGAGCCUGUGAGAGGGAAGGAGUGCCUGUACUGUGGAAGCUUGACAACGUCUGCAUUGCCACUCAGUGUAAACACGACGCAGUCUAUGACACCUGUGGUCCUGGAUGUGUUAAAACAUGCGACAACUGGAAUGAGAUCGGACCGUGUCAUAAACCCUGCGUGGCUGGCUGCCACUGCCCCGCCAACCUGGUGCUGUUCCAGGGACGCUGCAUCAAAUCCACGACCUGCCCUGGACGAUGACCCUUGUUACCUCUGACUGAGGGGGGGGGGGGGCUAAUUUAGGGAGACUCAUCUGUAGUAUCCAAACUUAAGGACCAAACUAACAGAAAAACAUUAAGGACGCUACUGGGUUCAACUCUACCAAUCAAACGCACCAUGGUAUUCAGGGUCCAUAAUAUUGCAAAGAAUCUGCUUCAGUGACUUCCACAUAAGAGAAACAGACAACGUGGACAGACUGACACGCGACAUUCAGUCUCAGAUGUCCUUUUGAUACCAAGUACUGUGAUAUUAGAAGAAAAACUAAAAUCUCAAGAUGAAACUCAGGACACCAUCUGGAGAUUUUACACAUCACACAUCUGAGGACUGUUUAGCUUCUCGCUUUGGGCCUUUGAGAAACUGCUUGGGCCAGAGGACUCAUCUCGGAGCCAAUCAGGUGCCCUCUUGCAAAGACUUAAAUUGGAGGCACUGGGUAUUUAGAUUUGUGCAUUAAUGAGAAACUUUCUGAUGCAUCACAUCAAGCUGCCCAGCUGAUCUCUAUUCCAUCAGUGCAUACUAUAAGCUUACCAGAAUCAUAAAUGAGACAAAACAGCUUUUAGAUUAUUAAUGCUCUAAUUAAUAUUAUGUGGUGUUGAUGUUAAUUUAUAUAUCCUUUAUUGACAGGUUGUAGCAAGAGCCAGGAUCAAGAAAUCUAAUUGUUUUGUUUGAUUCAAAGGGAAACAAAAAGCUAUUUAUGUAUUUGUUGUGUACUUUUGUGUUACUGUUUGAAGAGAAAUGCACAAAUGUGACUCAAUUAUUGCACCAUUGCAGGGAAUAAGUACUGUAUUGUAUUAAAGCUCCAUGUACAGUUUGUUGUGGAUAGUAUAGAACUGAAGGUGUUUAUGCAAACAAAUGUUUCACUUGACAAAAAUUAUUUAAGACCAGCAAUAUACCAUUUUUUUCGAAGUUGCUUGUUGACUGCUUUCUCUACUCUUCAAAGUGCUCGAUGAAUAUUGGGUGAAACUAGAAUAAUACAUGACCCUAGAUGGCAAUUACAGUAUUGGGAGCAACAUUCAAUAGAAUAACAACAGUCAAAAAAAAAUAAUAAAUACUUCUUUUAAAAAAUAUAUCUGAUUCUAGAUAAAGAAAUAUGAGGUAAAAAUGAACUAAUUAGAAGCUUAAAAAGUUGCAAAAUGUUACAUUUUUUCUAAUAUUUUUUAAAUAGUUUAAUCCUUUUUGUAGAUAUUUAAAAAUGGAUUUUUUCUAUAUUUCACUGUUAUGUUUGCUGUUUCUGCAACUAAUACAGAAAUAUAAAAAAGUAAUGAAGAGAAAAAGAUUAAAGAAACUGUAUUUUCUUAACUUUAUAUUUAAGACUACCUAAAUUAUUAAAUAUAUACAGAAUAAAAUAAUACAUGAGAAUUUUGUUUUAAUUUACAGAAAUGUUUCUAGUUAUUCAUUGUACGGAUUUCUUAAUUUUAUUUUAAGACUUUAUUAUACUACCAAUUGAUUCUCGAUUAACAUGAUGCUUUUUGCCCCUCUACAGAGAUCUUUUGGUUUUACUUUUCUUGUCACACUGAAAUGGUUCCGAUUAAACAUAUUUAUGUUUCAGAACAAAAAAGACCUGAAAUAACCACAAAGGUAUUUUUCAAAUGAUGAUCUCAUUUAUUAUCAUGAUAUAAAAAAUUCUAUCCAAACCAACCAAGCCCUAUUGUGUAAAAGUAAUGAUCCCUUAAACUAAUACUGAAUGUGCCACCGUUGGUGGCCACAAUGGACCCCAAACAUUAGUGAUAACUGUAAAUGAGUCUCUAACAUCGAUGUGGAGGAAUUGUGGGCCAAAUUGAAAGGUUUUUGAGCAUUAAAAGGCCUGUUUGAGGUCAUGCCACAGUAUCUUAAUCAGAUUUAAGCCCAGACUUUGACUAGGCCGAUCCAAAACCAUUUUGUUUUUUUGAGUGUUUCAGAGCCAGAUUUGCUGGUGUGCUUUGAAUGCAUAACCCAAGUGUGUUUGAGCUUGAGGUCACAAACAGAUGGAUGGCCGGGCCGCCUUCUUCAGAAUUUUCUGCUAGAGAGCAGAAUUCAUGGUUCUGCUGGUUACAGCAUGUCAUCCUGGUUCUGAAUCAGUAAGGCAACCUCGUACCAUCAAACUCCCACGACCACAUUUGACUUUGGACAUGAUGUUCUCUUCUUGUAAUGUUGUAUCAUUUUUACACUAGGUGUAACCGGACACACAUUUAUUAAAAAUCUUCACUUUUGUCUCAUCGGUCAACAAAAUAUAUCCCCAAAAAAGUCUCCAGGAUCAUCAAGAAGUUUUUUGGUACAUAUGAGACGGGCCUUUGCCUUCUUUAUGCUUAGCAGUGGUUUUUAAACUUGGAACUCUUAUUUGAUGUCAUUUUUUCCAGUCUCUCUUUUAUAUUAUUGAAUCAUUAACUGAGGCAAAUGAGGCCUGCGGUGCUUUAAAUGUUCUGUGUUCUUUUGUGACCUCCUGGAUGAGUCAUCGAAGGACAGCAACUCCUGGGAAGGUUUAACAUUGUUCCCUGUUUUCUCAAUUUGUGAAAAAUGGUUCUCACUGUGGGUCACUGGAGUCCCAAAGCCUUAGAAAUGGCUUAGUACCCCUUCUCUGUCUGAUAGAUUUUAAUAACUUUGUAUCUUCUCUGUUCUGGAAUGUGCAUAGCUUGGGUUUUGUGUUGCUUUUUGAGAUAUUUUAGCCUACUUCAUGUUGUCAAACAGUUCAUGUUUAAGUGAUGUCAUUUUGCAUUUACUCAGGUUAUGUUUUUGUGGUAUUAAAUUUUUUUUGUAUGAUCUGAAACAUUUAAGUGUGACAAAAAAAGCAAAAAAACAGAAGAUAUUUGUAAAAAGAAUACAUCAUACAUGUGAUGAAAAUACAUCAGCGCACACCUACUGAUACACACUUUUGUAAAAGCGCUAUCUGCUCGAAGUAAAAAAACAGAAUUUCCACCAUGAAUGUGUGGAAUAUUUUACUGACAUUUGCAAACUUAAUACAAUCCAAAUCUCACUUAAAUAAAGGUCUAAGACAAAAACAACACAUCUAAAAUAACAAAUACAACACAGUACAUAAGACAAGUUUUCCAAUACUUUUACAGUUUAAAUGUAAAACACCAGAGAAGAAAAUGUUGGUUUCCUUUUGUAGUUCAAUAAUUCAGUAACUAUUUCUUAUAUUUUUAGCAGAUGCCUAAAAAUAAGCCGAGCUAGAUAUAAUGUUUUUUAGGUAUUAAGACAGGUGACUGUUUUGUUAGUUCACUUAGAUAGUAACGAUGCGUUCUAUUUGCACUCAGAAGUCAGAUUUUGUGUGACAGGUAGUGUUCUCAUUUAAAUGUACUUAAUUUCUCUUUAUGCCUUCCGCCCCGCCCCUCCAGAGUUUAAAAGUAAACACUAGGUGACAUAGUUGCUACCAGGUUCAGUUGGAGAGGCACGUUUUUUUUGUUUGUGAUAACUCUGGCUGUGUUUUUACCAUAUUAAAUUUACUACUUAGGAUCCCACAAUCAAUUAAAAGCAAUGGAUGCGAGUAAAAGCCCCAAAAAGGACUCGCCAGAAAAUUCUAGUCAGUAUCUCCAAGAUCAAGUUUAAAAAUGGAAAAACCCUUUUGAGUUAUUCAAAUUAUUUUUCCAUAUAUUUUACAAAAAACAUGUUGUAGGCCUUUGUAUUUAGUUAUUUUAUUAUUGAAACUUCUAUUAACCAACAACUAAAUGAUAAUCUCAAAGAUAAAAAUGUUUGCAGUUAAGUGGGGAAAAAACAAUUGGAGUCAUUAAUUAUACUGUUUGCACAGAAAAACUCAAUUCAAAUCUAAAAUGAUCACAGAUACACAAUCAACAUUCCUGCACGUCCUUCCAAUGACGAGCCCCCCCUUUUUUUUUUUGGCAUUUUCUGAAAAUAAUAAAUUUACUUUCAUUGCUAAACUAAAAUAUUGUAAAGUAUUUAAAGCUACCGUGGUCUGGUAUAUUUCUGGAUCAAUCAAACAAUACACGUCUGAAACAAACUAAAACUCUUCUAUAAGCUUGUUUUGUUUUAAGCCACCUGCAAUAUAAACCUUUCAUUUGAUUUAAAGAACUGUCAGAUUGUGAACAUUUCUCAAACACUGCCGUGAUGCUUGUUAUACCUGACUUUGAGAUCAAAAAAUAACAUUUAAAGAUCAAACAUUAAUAAUGAGAAAAUGGACAUGUAAGAUGCAGAGCAGAUGGAGUAAACAAAGUUGUCAGUUAGUAACACUGUCUGCAAUAAACAAAAACGUUGCAGCUAAACUAGUAAAUGUAACCUUUUUAUCAAAAAUAUUUUCAUUUUUCCAGUUUCAAAUAUACUGUAGUUGACUUUCUUCAGUUCUAUGCUACAUCCUUUGACAUUUCACAGAAAGGUGGACACAGAAAGCAAGUUGAUUUAAACGAAAGACCAACAAAAACAAAUCAUAACAUUACCUUGCAGAGAAACCAAACCAAGCUUGUAAGAAACCAUUUUUUGUUAUUUCAAAUAAAAUUAGUCAAUGAA